AUGGCAAUUACUUCUGACCUUGAAACUUCCCGUGUGGAAGAAUUGGACCAUCUUCUCACGGUCUUGAAACCUAAGCUUUUAUCAUACAUAGAGAAGGCUGACCGAGACUCAAAGAACUACGAAGUCAACUCAUUGGGCCACUACUACGAACCUCAAUUCCUCAAGAAACAAUUCUUCCACCCCCCACAGGCUACAUCUAUAGUUGGCAACGAUCCUCAAGAUGACGACAAGUUAUUUGAAGUCAUAGACAAGGUGCUAGAAUAUUCAGUCAAUACCUGGAAUCCGGGGUUCUUGGAUAAACUCUAUGCCUCCAACAAUCCCAUUGGUGUUGUUUCUGAUAUCAUUCUUUCAAUGCUCAACACCAAUUCGCAUGUAUAUACGGUUUCUCCGGUGUUGUCCAUUAUUGAAAACCAUAUUGGAAGAAAGUAUGCAUCUCUCUUUUUUACCAAUCAUCGCAAGACCUGCGGAGGCUUGACCUUUUCAGGAGGCUCAUGGUCCAACAUCACCAGUUUGCAAAUGGCACGUAGUUUACGUUUCCCAGACACCAAGGAAAACGGCAAUGGCAGCUACAAAUUUGCCGUUUAUUCGUCAAAGCAUUGUCACUACUCAGUGGAAAAGGCUGCUAUCUUGUUAGGCUUGGGCUCAUCCAACGUCUUCAAGGUAAACAUUCUUGCUGAUGGCUCUAUGGAUGCUAAUGAUUUGGAAAAGAAAAUUGACCAGUCAAUCAAAGACGGAUACACUCCACUCUACAUCAAUGCCACAGCUGGUACGACUGUGUUUGGCUCCUACGAUCCGUUUGAAAAAAUCGCCGAUAUUGCUCAGAAAUACAAAAUCCACUUCCAUGUAGACGGAUCUUGGGGUGGUAACGUGAUCUUCUCUGCCACACACAAGAAGAAGUUGGCAGGUGUUGAAAGAGCUGACUCGAUCACCGUUAAUCCCCACAAGAUGUUGGGGGUUCCCAACACAUGUUCGUUUUUGCUUGUACCUCAUGUGAGCCACUUCCAAGAAUCGAUGUCACUUAAGGCACCCUACCUUUUCCAUGGGCGCGAAGAAGAAGAGGACGAAAACUACGAUCUAGCUGACGGUACUAUGGGCUGCGGCAGAAGAGCUGAUUCGUUCAAGUUCUACAUGGCAUGGCUCUAUUUUGGGUUUGAGGGAUUUGCAUCCAGAGUAGACCAUGCUUUUGCAAUUGCUCGUGAUUUUGUUGAAAAAAUCUCCAGAGAUAAGAGAUUCGAAUUGGUUAUCGGCGACACAGAGAACUUGCCCCAGUGUCUACAAGUUUGUUUCUACUACCGUCCUAGUCUGUACACCCACGAGGACAAUACCGAUAUUACCAGAUACAUUUCGCGAGAAUUACACAAACAAGGCAAAUAUUUGGUUGAUUUCUCGCCCAAUCCCACCAGCAGCGAUAACAAGGGUGAAUUUUUCCGGGUUGUGUUCAAUUCUCCUAUUUUGAGCGACGAGGUUGUAGACGACCUUAUCACGAGCAUCGUUGAAUCUGGUGAAACAUACAAACACAUUUAG